GAUGCAAUCAAGAGACUUUCAUACGAAUUGUUUCACGAACACAAACAAAUUAACGAGAAUGAACUUAAGAGUCAACUUAAAACAAAGCUAGAAGAUAAUGAUUUCUGCAAUGAACAAUUGCAAAA